CCGAGCAGCCGCAGCUCCGGGAGCGCUGGCGAACUCGGCUGUCCUUACGGCUCUCAGAAGACGGCAACACCAGCAGAAUCUUCAUGGUGAGAAGCGCCAGCCCUGAGCCCCGGAGGAGACCCCGGCCCUGCGACGUCAGGAAGAGGACCGGCGCUGUCCCCGACAAAGCCCGGUCCCCACGGGGCCCGCACGCGGCCGCACCCCAGCCGUCGCCCGGCCCAGCCCCUGCUCCCAGCUCUCCUGGGGCGCCGGGAGCAGCAGGGCUGAGCGGGGCCAUCGCAGCCCUCGGGGUGACUGACGUGUUGUCCUUCCUCCCACAGAUGUUUGUGAAGUACCUGCAGCCCUCUGAACGGUUGGGCGUCUUCCUCGCUGCCAUCAAGAGCAUGAGAGCCCCGAAUCCCCGCAGCACCAAGCUGGCUGCCCACAUGGUGGACGUGCUGGCGGCAGAGACCGACUUCCAUUCGGGACAGGUGCUGAACAUCGUGUGGGCCAUCUACAGAACCCUGCCGUCCGUCAGAGCCGCGCUGGCCCUUCAGAGCCUGGACAGGGCCCUGCUGGUGCUGGCCAGCAAGCGCCCCAGGGAGACGGUUGCCAGCCUGCUGCAGUGCUCGCCGACCUGCACCAGCGUCGCCGUCACCAUGUGGAAGGCAAUGGUGUCUGAGCCCCCAGCCACAGAGAGGGUGCUGCGGGAGCUGCUCCGCAUCCUCAUGAACCAGUCUGGCUGCAAGACAUCCACCUCCACCGAGGACCACCCGCGCAUCCUGGCCCUGGCCGUGAGUUCCUCGCUUGCCCAUCUCCGAUGGGCAGGGGCCCCGCUCCCCUCCCCUGAUCCCUCCCAGCCUUAUCCGCACCCUGGGGCACCCGGGCGCGCCCACGGGGCCAGCCUGGGGGGUCUCCAUCCUCCUCUGUCCCUCCCUGCCCACGCCUCUGGGUGCUUUCUGCAGGCAGCAAGGCCCCUCCACGAGAUCCUCCUGCUGCCUACCAGCCUGGAGGAGGCGAAGGCCGUUUUCCCCCAGCUCUUCCUGGCCCUCCUCUUCCAAGUGUCCUUCACCACGGAGCUGACGCUGCAGGAGGUGCAGGUCUUCCGGCAGAAGCACCGGCAGGACCUGCUCACUCCCAUCAGGUCCACGGUGCAGUCCCUGAAAGCGCUGCUCCGCAGCGUGGGCCUGGGGAGCCAGGUGCUGGCCAUCGAGGCGCAGGGCGGCUGGGCCGCGCUUCUCAGCGCCGAGAGCCACCUCUGGGGCGUGCAGGUGGUGGCCAGGGAAAUGAAGGAGUUGCCCGGAAGCCUGCGUGCCACCAUCAUCCGCCACCUGGCUGAGCUGCUCAGCAUGGAGGACUCCUCCUGGGAGAUGGUGGCCAUGGUCUUCCUCAGCAAGAUGCUGGAGUGCACAGACCUCGGCAACGAGCUGGACUGCGUCGUGAGCCUCUUUGCCACCUACCUGCGGAGCCAGUGCCUGGGCAUGCAGAGCCUGGUGCUCAGGGCGAUCCUGGGGCUCACCGAGAGGCCGGACACGGCAAGGCAAACACUCGUCCUGCUGCCGAGCAUCACAGAGCAGCUGCAGGGUGCAGACAGCGACACCCGCACUGUCGCUCUGCCCGUGCUCAGCACCAUGCUGCGGCUCCUGGAGGGGAGGACGCUCAGCCUCACGGCUCUGGGGCUGGCCGGCAAGCUCCCAUCACUCUUUGACGACGAGUCAAGCGCAGUGCGGGUUCUCUCUGUUCGCCUCUUCCUCGACACGCUGGGCUUUGUGGAGAGCAGUGAAAAGAAGAAGAUGCAGAAGGAGGUGUGCAGGAGCCUUCUCCCGCUGUCCUUCCACCUGCACGACCAGGACGAGAGCGUGGCCGAGGCCUCCCGCGAAGCCCUCCUUGGUGUCGCGCGGUUCCUGCGCUGGAGGCAGCUGGCGCACCUGGCCGAGACGGUGCAGACCUGUAAGAUCGGCGAGUGCCUGCUGGCCAGGAGGAGGAGCGGAGCAGAGGAGUACCUGGGCCAGAGCCUGCCCUACCUGCAGAGCCUGCAGGAGCCCCUGCGGCGGGAGGCUGUGAGGUUCAUCGGGCUCGUGGGGAGGCACCUGGUGGAUCAGCGCAAGAACAAGAGCCAGUACAUCUGCGAAGGUGAGCCAGGGAGGGGGAUCGCAGGGCAGCCGCCAGGUGACGCGCCCGUCCCCUGCUCCCUCCUGGCUGGGCGGAGAGCUGGGGGCAACGUCUGCGGGGGGCCGGGCGCUCUGCGGGUACAGGGCCGUCACCUCGCCUCUCCUUCUCUGUUCUCUCAGUCCUUCAAGGCUUGAGGCAAGACCCCUGCGAGUCGGUCUCUUCGCUGGCAGUUCAGACAGUGCUGAUCCUGCAAGCAGCAAGGCCGCGCUCGCGGUUCAGCUUUCGGCAGCUGUGCUCCAGGCUGCAGAAGGCGUGGAGGA